AACUACGCAUGCGUGAUAAUUUUUAUAUUUCCGGUGAAACAUCAUGGCAUCGCCAGCUGGAAGAGGUCCUAAAACGCGAAAAUGGCAAAUAGAUUUUUGUCACAGAACUAAAAGUGAUAAAGCAGCUGUGAAUCUAGUAUCCCCUCCUGGGUACUCUCCAGAAUCAGGAAAAGCUCUCAUUGGGAAAGAGAGAAAGGAAGGAGAUGAAGCUCUCAUAAUGAAGAGGUCUUGGGACAUAGCACUUGGCCCCAUCAAACAGAUUCCCAUGAACUUGUUUAUCAUGUGGAUGGCUGGCAAUACUAUCUCUAUAUUUCCUAUCAUGAUGGUGGGGAUGUCUUUAUUUAGGCCGAUCCAGGCAAUGAUUGCUUAUCAGUCAGCUUUCAGAAUGAUAGAAGGAGGCCAAGCUUUGUUUCAAAAAUUUGUUUGGAUUCUUGGAAACUUUUUAAUCUUGCUGCUUGCAAUGUAUAAAUGUCAUGGGAUGGGCCUAUUACCAACACAUGCAUCUGACUGGCUGGCUUUUGUAGAAACACCAAAAAGAUUGGAGUGGUCAGGAGGUGGCUUAGGACUAUAACCUGACCCCAGCAGAUGCUUAAAGAACAAUUAUUCCUGAAUGUAUGUAAACAAGACGUGAAACAGUAUAUGCUUGCUUCUUUUGUUGAAAGGGGAGCUGAAGUAAUGGUGUACUUCAAAUAUUUAUCCAAUACGACAAAUGGAGAUUUGAAAGCAGUUUUGUCUGCCGAUGGUAAAGGAAGUGUGCAUACAUUGAUGAUAGUUGACCGUUUUCAGUAUGAUUCUUCUUUGUUGGCUGUCUGGUUAAGCCAAGCUGGUCAUAACCAGCAGAUAUCUAGUACAAUUAGUACUUCUUUUUUCUCUAAAAUUCUAUGAUGCUGGAUUGCAAGCAGGAUUACCUCUCGUGGCUUUGACCUUCUACUUGAAUCGGUCAACCUACAGAGAAAUGUAAUACAACAAGAAGGGCUGACAUAUCUUCAUUGUAAAUUCACUAUAAAGUCUGAACUUUAAAAGGGCAAAGGAAGGUCCAUUCCAAUAAGCCAAAAUAUAUGACACAAGUGAAGGACAGCAGGUAACAAUGAAAAUGGCAUGUUUUAACCCAGAAGUGUGGUGUAGAAAGCAGCUGGGAUAAGAAAAAGUGGAGAUUACAAAUAUGGAAAUAUUGAUCCGUGUUAAUGAAAAAUGAAGGUUGUAAAACUAGAAAUGUGGAUCAAUACCGAAGCGUUGACUUGACUAUGUGUUAUAAUAAACUAAGGAUGUGACUACUGUAGGAACUUCAGCAGUGAGUAUCUAAGUGCUUGACUGAGUUUGACACAACUAGUGUCAAGUAUGUGGAUUCCACAUGGAUUUUCAGCCACAUUUUUACUUAAAACCAUACAAUGAGAGGAUAGUCAGUAAUUUAUUCUAAGCGUGAUCAAAAAUGAUGUUUCAACCUACAAGCUUUGGUGCAAUAUACUCAGAAAAUACAUUAAAUGAUUUGAUAAAAAUGCUGUUAAAGACCAUCAUGUUGUUCAUCAUUGUAAAAGAAUAACUAAACCGUGAGCCACAUUUGACCAGUGUAUUGCGGAACUGAGUAAGUCAGACUACAUGUAAAUAAAAUAUGGUGCAAAUACAAUUUAUAAGAAAUCUUUUUCAUAAAUAACGAUAAUAUCACCCAAUGAAAUCAAAUAUCUUAAUGUGUGCUUUUCUUUUUCAAUAUACUAGUACAAUGGUGCUUAUAUAGAAUGCAGCUGCAAACAUCUUUACAAGAUCAGUGCAUAGAUUGCUCCUUGGAAAAAAAAAAGUAAGCGGCAGAUUAGGUUACCUUCUACCAGGGCCACAGAUUGAUUUUUUCACUAGAUAUUCAUACAUGUGCCUUUGUCUAUGUCAUGAUGCAAUUCUCAGCUGUCUCAGGAGGUGAACAUAACAGAACAUAAAACUGCAAAUAAGAAGCAAUAGACACGUGUCUAGUGGCCCUCGUAGAGGGUAAGAAAGGGGAUGUUUACCUUAUAAGUUGUUAAUUACUGAAAGACAACAUAAAAAUGGCAGGUAAAUUCAAAUUUUGUGAAAGGAAGUGUUACCUGAACCAGGUGCUGUUUAAACUUAAAACUGUGUCAAAGGUCAUGACCGGAAAGAACAGGUGUGUUAUCUAUAAAAUAAGUGGAAUAAGUGGUAGAUAGCAUGUAAUCAAUUUCUCUAUCACCAAGGAGCAGUGGCAUGAGAACAGAGCACCUAUCAACUUUGCUGAAAGGAUGUGGUUGCGUAAAUUAAAGACAGAAUUUAUUUAUAUUUGUUUUGUAAAGUAAUAAUAAACAGCUUUGUGUUUGACAACCCAAAAGAAUUAUAGAUAGUAAAUAUGCCUUUACAACAUGUUAAUUUUAUAAGUAUCUUUAAAACAAUAAACUUUGCAUCAUGCUCAUA